GAGAAAGUAGCAGUAUCAGCGUAUCAAUGGAGCUCAGCCCCAACAACAGCACGGACCAGAGCUUGCUCGAUGCGCAGCUCGAGCUCUGGCACACCACCUUCGCGUUCAUGAAGUCCAUGGCGCUCAAGUCCGCAAUACACCUCCGAAUUGCCGAUGCCAUCCACCUCCAUGGCGGUGCCGCCAGCCUAUCCCAGAUACUAAGCAAGGUCCAUCUCCACCCGUCCAGAGUUUCCAGCCUCCGUCGCCUGAUGCGCGUGCUAACAACCACCAAUGUCUUCGGCACCCAGCAGCCGGCUGGUGGCAGUGACGACGACAGUGAGCCCGUCUACACUCUCACUCCAGUGUCUCGCCUCCUCAUCGCCUCACAGUCGUCGCAGCUGGCCCAGACUCCGUUGGCGGCCAUGGUGCUCGAUCCAACCAUCGUCUCCCCCUUCUUCGAGCUCGCCGCGUGGUUCCAGCACGAGCUCCCAGACCCGUGCAUCUUCAAGCACACGCACGGCCGAGGCAUCUGGGAGUUGACCAAAGAUGACGCGACCUUCGACGCCCUAGUCAACGACGGGUUGGCUUCCGACAGCCAGCUCAUCGUCGACGUUGCCAUCAAGCAGAGCGCAGAGGUCUUCCAGGGGAUAAGCUCGCUCGUCGACGUCGGUGGGGGCAUCGGUGCGGCGGCCCAAGCCAUCUCAAAGGCGUUCCCGCACGUCAAGUGUAGCGUGCUGGACCUUGCCCACGUCGUUGCGAAGGCUCCAACUCACACGGACGUGCAAUUUAUCGCUGGCGACAUGUUUGAGAGCAUUCCACCAGCAGACGCCGUACUGUUGAAGUCGGUCUUGCAUGAUUGGGACCAUGACGACUGCGUGAAGAUACUGAAGAAUUGCAAAAAGGCUAUUCCUCCAAGAGAAGCCGGUGGAAAGGUGAUAAUAAUAAACAUGGUAGUUGGAGCUGGGCCAUCUGACAUGAAGCACAAAGAGAUGCAGGCCAUAUUCGAUGUCUAUAUCAUGUUCAUCAAUGGCAUGGAACGAGAUGAGCAGGAGUGGAGCAAGAUUUUCUCCGAAGCUGGAUAUAGCGAUUACAGAAUAAUACCGGUCUUAGGUGUUCGGUCUAUAAUCGAGGUCUAUCCAUAACCAUUUGUGUAAGAUGGUUCAUAUAUAGUGGCAUGGAUCGGAGCUUGUGUGGUGUGGACAUGUAAUCUAAAUAAGUGGGUACCCCGCUGUGAUGCUGAUCUAUAUCGUGCUCUCUGUCGAGAUAUCUAUUCAGUAAACGUAUAUUCUAUAUGC